UAAAAAUGACUUCGAAAGCGCUUGUCCUGCUGGUGGCCACUCUCCACGUGGUGACGUCACAGGCGCAGCCCCUCGUGGACCAGUGCGGGGAGGCGGGCUACUUCCCUAAAUGGCUGAUCCCAGGCGACGAGUACUACAUCUACAGCAGCCAGUCGCUGGGCUCGUACGGGGGGCAGAAGUACUGCAACUGGUUCACCACCUGCGUCGCCGGCCGGGUGCGGCUGGACUGCCCUCGGGUGGAGAUGCCUGAGUCAGAAAACUGCGGCCAAGACCACCUCUCGGUGCAAACUUCCAAGGUCAAGGUCCCGAGGAGCUACUGCGGCUCCAGCCCCAUCCAGGAGCUCUCCGAGGACUCACAGAUGAGCGUCGCCCUUGUAGCACCGAAGAAUUCUAAAGGCGGGAAGUUCCUGUGCAAGAUAUCGUGUGUGGGGCCUGACUUCCCAGCUGGCCCGACCCUCAAUGCUCAACCAGGCGUCCCAGAGGUCCCACAGGUCCCACAGGUACCAGAGCUUCCAGAAGAAUCUGAUCAAGAAUAUAAUCAAAGUGAGGACAUAAAAAGUUCAGAAGAAAAUGAUGAUUAUGAAUAAUUUGAAAUGUAUAACGAAAAUUACGGACGAUUUAAGAGUUGUUUCAUGUUGGUAAUAGAUUAAAGAAUGUAAAUACUUA